GGUAUUUCUUGAUACACACUUGAACAUAGCAAAAGUGGAAGGUUUCGGCCAUUUUAGUUGAAUUCGUCUUCUUUAUAAUUCAACAUGAAGAUCGGUCUUUGUGCAUACAGUGGAUAUAAAAUAUAUCCGGGCCAUGGUAAAACCAUGGUUAAGGUGGAUGGAAAAACAUUCACGUUUUUGAAUUCAAAAUGUGAGGCAGCCCAUUUGAUGAGACGGAAUCCACGAAAAGUUACGUGGACCGUAUUAUACAGACGAAAACAUAAGAAGGGUCAGGAAGAGGAACAAGCAAAGAAAAGGACCAGACGUACGCAAAAAUUUCAACGUGCUAUUGUAGGUGCAUCACUUACAGAUAUAUUGGCAAAACGUAACAUGAAACCAGAAAUUCGUAAAGCACAAAGAGACCAGGCAAUUAAAGCUGCAAAGGAACAAAAGAAAGCAGCGAAAGCAACAAAGAAAGCAGUUGUUGCUCCUAAGGCUAAGGCUUUACCAAAACACAAAGCUGCAAAAGUAACACAAAAAUCAGCCCCCCGUGUUGGAGGAAAACGCUAAAUUCUGAUAGUAUAUAAAUAAAAAUAAAAUUUAAUUUUAAAAAA